AUGGCGAAGCCGAGAACAAACAGCGACAGUGGCGAUGCUUCCGCGCCGCAUUCCUCCAGGCCUUCGCGUCUAGGCUCCCUUUCGGCCCUUGUUAAAAUACGGCGCAAGGGCUCUGUCAAGGAGCAUCCCUCAUCGUCGCACAACAAACCAAUCACGACACACAGUGAAUACGAUCUUGCCGAUACUCACACGUUGCAACAAACCGACUCGGCCUCGUUAUAUGAACCCGACUGCCAUGGCCGCGAGCUGCAUUCUCUCUGUCAACGCCUGCGCCCCUCACCCAUUACUCCGAGCCAAAUCGAUCACACGUAUAACGAGUUCAUUAAAGUGAAGGACCGCGGCAACUCGUUGUGCCUCAGCAUCAUGCAAGAGGAGCUCAAACCUCUUCGUGGCUCCCCCAGCGCUCACGAACCGCUCCAGCGUCAAGAUUCAUAUAUCGAGUCACCGCUCAGCCCCGGCCAACGUGACAAUCGAAGUUCAUUCAGCGGGAGGAGCCUCGUCGAUGUUGUUUCCGCAAAUGGCGUUAAUCGCCUUGGAAUACACGGCGCUGAACUGUGGAUUGGCCCCAUUCGCGACUGGCACGCCUCCGUUGAGUUACUCGUUGACGCCUUUCAAACCAGCCUGGCGGAGACCUAUAAGACGUACGAGAAAGAUGCAUCGCCUGACAUGAUUGAAGCCCUAUUUGACAAUAAACGAUUUCGACGAGAUGCAAUCACACGCAUGCGCAAUGCUUCUGUCACCCGAGUAUUGGCCCCGGACCCCCAAUUCUUUCCAAGAUAUGAAAUUCGAUUUAGAAACUUCGAAAAGGCCAAGCAGGAGCUGACUGUCGUUCGACAAAUUCUCCAGACAGCUCAAUCAGCUAUCUCGCCUUCGCGAGAAGUUCGUGAAAUCAUCAUCUCGGAGCGUGGAGACGCAGUUCUAGAAUUUGCAAACCACCACGCUGGCUGCUCGCCCAACGAUCCGGUUUUGCGAUUCCGGGUUUCAUCUCACAUGCUGGCUGAGACAUCGCCUAUAUUUGCACACAUGUUUUCCGGUCACGCGAGCAGCGUACAACUGCACGAAGCUGAAGACAUCACCGCACAGCUGCCCCCGCCGCGAACCAAGUAUUACUUUGACAGCGGGACAGCGGCCUGGCUAUACCGUAUGCCCCAAAGAGAAACGAAUCACCUGGAAUCGCUCUCCACCCUUCUGCACGCGGCCCACAUGCAUAACGGGGAAGUACCGCGGGAUAUCAGCUUUGAUAAAUUUGUGGCGAUUGCAGAAUGCUCAAUACGGUACAAGAGCACCUCGCCUCUUGAGCUGAUGGUUGAGCACCGAUGGUUGCCGCAGUGGAUGCAUCGCGGCGCGGAUGACAUGCCCGACGGCCUCCUGCUCAUCAGUUACGCAUUCGGCUCCCGUGGCUUAUUCAGUAGGAUGUCCAAGAGUGCCAUCUUCCAUCUAGUCGACGAGAAAGAUCUGCAAAGCAAACCGUGGCCACAAAAGAUAAAGGACAAGAUCUGGGCUGUGCGCUCGACUAAGAUUGCGCAACUCCAUGACUGCUGUACGGCGGCCUUACAAGAAUAUACAAAACCCCCGACAAGCGAGCCGGCCAUAGCUCCGGAGCCGGAAGAGCCGCCCCCGACAAUAUGGGGAAGUUUAGGCAACGUUGCACCGCAGAACCCCACGUUAGCUCUCACAACGACGCCGAGGUGUCCGAAAGGAAGUCACUGGUGCGACGCGACAAAUCUUGGCUGGCUCAUGAUGCUGUUCAACAAUAUGAAUAUGCUGUCUACUGUCAUGCAGUCGAAGGCUCUGACUGGCGAGUCAAAGGUACCGUUUGCGUCAAAGAGCUUGGCUCAAACAGUUGACCUACUUCGACUGCUACCGAGUUCUCCUGCCCCCGUACACCGGGGCGGUGUCUGCGACCCGAUCCCGGCGUUCCGAACAGCGGUCGCAGAUAUAUACAACAGUGUUAGCGGUCUUACCCUCUUCGACAUUAGCCAGAAGAGUCACGGCUGGGCGCUAUCUAAGCAUGCCAUGUUGGAGCCCCAAUCACAGGUCGCCACGGGACUCGGGCGCAUGGCCGCUCCCCACGACGACUACACCGUCGCGAAUGAGUUUCCGGAGACCGUCCUGCUGCAGAUUCUCAGCACAGUGACCGACAUUGCGGACCUCCAUGCCGCAGCCCGCGUCAACCGGGCGUUUUAUGAGACGUACAAGACGUACGAGCUGCUUCUGAUGCGCAACAUUCUGCGUGCGGGCCAGAUCCGCAGAGGCUCGGUGACGCACCCGGUGCCGCUGACCACGAACAAUGCCGAGGCCAAGAUGAAAAAGUCAGAGUCGGACCAGCUCAAGGAGCGCAUGAUCGAUGACAGAACAGACUCCGCAGUGGUGGAUAGUGGUGACGAUGACCAGACUACGGAUUCGGACAGCGAUGCGGAAAGCGACGAGAUGCCCGUGGCGGCCACCCCGGCGGAGCGCCCCGAGGAGCCCAGUGGCUCAACACGCAUGCAAGCUGAAGACGUGGUCAACUCGGUCCUGUCGAGCCUCCAGCCAAGCGAGCGGGCCGACCCCCCCGAGGCCGAUGAGGACGUUAGGGACCUGCGCGAAGCGCCCAUGACGGAGGAAGAAGCGCGGCGGAUCUUGUGGCCCGACGAUGUUGACGAGCCGACGACGACAUCCACGGGCGCCAACGGCGCGCAAGAUGAGAUUGAUCGCGGCCUGCGUGAGAAGUUCCUCCAUGGACUGGUCUCGGAAUGCCUCGAGGACAAGACGCUGAUGCUCGUCAACGAGAAGCGGCUCUUGCACGAGACGGCCAAGUAA